CUGAGGGCAUCGCGAGGCACUCCCUUCCUGGGGUUUGGCUCCUGCCCUCUGGGCCGACAGUGGAAAUCACAGUCUGAGAGCUGUAGCCCAGCUCUCCUCGAAUCUAUUUUAGACCUGGAGGCCCCCCUUUCUGUCUAGACUCCCCCUCCUUCUCCUCCUGGCCUGUCCGGCUGAUGGUCAAACUGAGGCUGGGGCUGGGUCUCCGUGGGAGAGUGAGUAGGGGCUGGGGGACCUGGGCCGGCCCCCUUGGGGAGGGCCCGGCGGCCAUGUCCAGAGGCUGGCAGUCUCAGAUUGUGGCCCACCCUCCUCCAUCACUCCCAGGGGCCUGCCCAGGCAGCCGCACCUCCAACCACAACAUCCUUUGGGGUUUGGCCUACAGAGCUGGGGCGGAUGACCCCCAAAUAGCCUUGGCAGAUUCCCCCAUGACCAGCCCGUACCAUGGCCAGGCGCCCCAUCCCUCGUCUCCCGGGCACAGCCCAGAGUAUAAACAGUGCUGGAGGCUGGGAGAGGCAGCCAGCUGAGCCCUGAGCAGCAGCACCGACGACCAUGAAGCCCCUCACGCUCCUUGCCCUACUGGCCCUGGCCGCACUCUGCCUUGCUGGCUGGGCAGAUGCAAAGCCCAGCGGUGCAGAGUCUGGCAGAGGUGCAGCCUUCGUGUCCAAGCAGCAGGGUAGUGAGGUGGUGAAGAGACUCAGGCGCUACCUGGACCACUGGCUGGGAGCCCCAGCCCCAUACCCAGACCCCCUGGAGCCCAGGAGGGAGGUGUGUGAGCUCAACCCAGAUUGUGACGAGCUGGCUGACCACAUCGGCUUCCAGGAGGCCUAUCGGCGCUUCUACGGCAUGGCCUAGAGCUUGCAGCCCUGCUGGUGUGGCUUGCAGCCCCCAGCUCUGGCUCCUCUCCGGCACCCCUUCCCCUCCCAUCGCCCUGACCUCCCUGCCCUGCAAGAUGGGGUCUCCAUCAUCCCCAGCUGCUCCAGAAUAAACUCCAGAAGAGGAA